UGAAUAAACCAUCCACAUUUUCACGACCAGAACACAGUGGAGUCAUAAGUAAACACAGUGAAAUGUUUGUAUUUAUUCGAUUUUCACUUCCUGAAUUCAAUGACGUCAUAGAAGUAGUGAGCAUUGUGCCCAAAUUACCUUUAACAUCCAGUACACUAUAUAGUCCAGAACGAUAGUUUUUUGUAGUAGUUAGGGGUUGUGGGGUCAGACGCAACCAAUGUCUUAAGGUUGGCAAAGAAAGGAAGCGAUGUGUGGUUCGGGUUCGAGCAUGCGGACUGAUCGAGUUCUGCACACGGAUCAGGCAGCGAUACAUUGGGUCAUUAUGUGCAUAGCCCAUUUUGGCUCUCUGGAGCUAGCGGGAACUUCAGAUUCAAAAUGCAGGGAGGGAAGGAUUGCUCAGUCCAGUUCUCUUACAGUCAAUGGUCCAAACAGAGGAGCGACAGAGGUUGACAAACCUUCUCCCAGAACCGUCUACCGCUCGUCCAGAACCUGGCUGCUUCCUGAUAUGCUCCUCUGUUCGCGUAGUUCUUUGGAGAGCUGCAGAAAACCACACGGUGAGAAAUCAUACCCACAAACCCGAAUUAAAGCCAGAUUGUGGCGACAACAGCGGCCUGUUGUGAGCUGCUAGUGCGCAUGCGCACAUGCUGGACGUUUGGCGCGCUGCCUGUGCAGCCGCAGUUUGUGCGAGCAGGCGCGAAGCACGGCCUCCGUCUGUGCUCGUCCUCGUCGUCAUAAACAACAACAAGAACAAACAGGAGCCAUUGUCCGGCUCGGCCCGGUCCGCUCGGGAGCCUCGAACCCGGCAGCCUGACUUACGAUGGCAGAGACUGUGAAAUACGUGGAUGAGGAACACAAGAGCAUCUUUCUAAAACUUUUGAAUGAGCAGCGGCUGGAGGGGGAGCACUGCGACAUUGCUGUGGUUGUCGAGGACGUUAAGUUUCGGGCACAUCGCUGCGUGCUUGCUGCUUGCUCCAACUACUUCAAGAAGCUGUUCAAGAAACACGAGGUGGACAAUUCAUCUGUCAUUGAGAUAGACUUCAUCCGCUCAGAUAUCUUUGAAGAGGUGUUGAACUACAUGUACACAGCCAAGAUCUCUGUCAAGAAGAGGGACGUCAACCUGAUGAUGUCUUCAGGCCAGAUCCUCGGCAUCCGCUUCCUGGACAAGCUGUGCUCACAGAAACGCGAUGUGUCUUCAGAAGAAAAGGACAAGUUUCCGUUUGACAUAGUAAAGAUGGCGCUGCCGCCUGAAGCUCAGCUUGCAGCCGAUUCAGAGGUUUUGGAUGAGCAGGAUGACACACCCUCAGGGGAUGAACUCGUCGAGACAUCGGCUAAUCAGGAGCUUGACAAGUCUCCGAGUGCAGCGCUGCGUGUUCAGGAGGCCAUCUUGAAAGAAUUGACCAAUGAGGACGUGCAUAAGGUUGCCUGCUAUGACCAGGAUGCAGUAUCAGAGAUGGAGACGGAGCCCAAGGAGCUGGGAACAGAGCAUCACGCCACCCAGACACUGGCGUUUGCAGACAGCAUAGGUGACGUGAAAGAUGAGCAAGCCCCUGGCUGGUCCACGGCGGCUGGUGACAUGAAGUUUGAGUACCUGCUGUACGGACAUCGAGAGCAGCUGGCCUGCCAGGCAUGCGGGAAGACUUUCCUGGAUGAGAGCAGGCUCAGGAAACAUGAGAAGCUUCAUUCAGCAGAGCGGCCCUUCACCUGUGAAAUCUGUACCAAAGCUUUCACUACCCACGCUCAUCUAAAGGAACACCUGAAGAUCCACACAGGCUUUAAACCCUACAGGUGUGAGGUUUGUGGGAAAUCAUUCAUUCGAGCACCAGACCUGAAGAAGCACGAAAGAGUUCACAGCAAUGAGAGGCCAUUUGCUUGCCAGAUGUGUGAGAAGGCAUUUAAACACAAGUCCCACCUGAAGGACCACGAGAGGAGACACAGAGGAGAAAAACCCUUCGUGUGUCCAUCUUGCACCAAAGCCUUUGCUAAGGCCUCCGAUCUGAAGCGGCAUGAAAACAACAUGCACAGUGACCGAAAGCAGCUCAACCCUUUGCAGAGUGAGACUGAGGCCCUGCAGGCUGCUGCCAUGGCAGCAGAGGAGCAACACCUGGAGAACAUGAGCUGCUCCUAGCACCUGGGGGAACGUCUGGAUCCGCUCUGGUGCAGACUGGGAUCCCAGUGUCCUCACAGUUUGGACCGCCUCCGCUUGGAUGGGUCGGCUUGCAGUGAUGUGAUGUGACUGACACGUCAGGCUCGUCUGAUCCAUCUGUAGGAACAAAGUGCUGGGAUCAUUUGGGGGUGGUACCGUGCAUAAACCGGUUCUGCUCAGUUUCAUGAGCAGAACCGUUUGAGACUGAACGAAUGCAGCUCAGAAUGGACACGUGCACAAACCGGCGUGCUUGUGCUGCCCACAAUUGAGAAGAAAUAAAUGAUUUUAAACAGC